AUGAGAUGGUUGGUCUGGAGACACGGCUAUUAUUGGCCGACCAUUUUAAAAAACUGCAUAGAGUAUACGAAAGGGUGUAUCAAGUGUCAGAUCUAUGGCCCCAUACAAAGGGUACCAGCUGACGUCCUCCACCCGGUUACUAAACCAUGGCCGUUCAGAGGAUGGGCCGUGGAUAUCAUCGGCAAAAUCUACCCAGCCGCGUCCAACCAACACGCCUGGAUUUUGGUGGCAACUGACUAUUUCACUAAAUGGGUAGAGGUGGAGUCCUAUUGGUCCAUUUCUAGCACACAGGUGGUCAUAUUCUUCGAAAAUCACAUCGUCCACAGAUUCGGUAUACCCGAAACCAUCACGGCCGAUAACGGCCCGAUUUUCGCAUCAGCCGAAACUCGAGAAUACGCCGAAAGGAUAGGGAUCAAAUUGGUCCACUCGACACCCUACUACCCACAGUCUAACGGACAGGCCAAGGCGAGCAACAAGGUAAUCAAGGGCAUCCUCGAGAAAAUGAUUGAGAAAAAACCUAGGGCGUGGCACGACUUACUCCCUGAAGCCCUUUGGGCUUACCGAGUCUCAAAACGAUCGGCUACUGGCACAUCCCCUUAUGCCUUAACCUACGGCCAUGACGCCAUCGUUCCGAUGGAGUUAAAGGUUCGGUCUCUCCGUGUGACUGAACGACUUGGGCAGGAAGAGAGGGACUAUGCGUAA